UCUUCUCUAUAUUAAUAUUAUUAGUCGGAAAGUGAGAGCUCCGGCAAAAGAGGAGAGAGAAGAUAAUGGCCGGAGGAGGUUUUGCAAACGUAGGAGGACAGAAGAGGGCUGAACAGUACAAACAUAAGAUCACUGGAUAUUUCAUUUUUGCUUGUAUUGUUGCAGCCAUGGGUGGUUCUCUCUUUGGAUAUGAUCUUGGUGUUUCUGGUGGAGUGACCUCCAUGGAUGAUUUCUUAAAAGAAUUCUUUCCGAAGAUCUACGAGCGAAAGAAGGCUCAUCUCAACGAGACAGAUUACUGCAAAUACGACAGUCAAAUUCUCACACUCUUCACUUCCUCUUUAUACAUCGCCGCCCUUGUUUCCACCUUCGGAGCUUCCUACGUUACCAGAAACAAAGGCAGAAGAGCCAGUAUCCUUGUCGGAUCCAUCAGCUUCUUCCUCGGAGCAAUCGUCAAUGCUUUCGCCAAAAACAUACCCAUGCUCAUCAUCGGCCGAAUCUUUCUCGGCUUUGGAAUUGGAUUCGGAAAUCAAGCAGUUCCUCUGUACCUGUCGGAAAUGUCGCCGCCGAAAGUGAGAGGAGCAGUUAACCAGCUGUUCCAGCUAACAACCUGUCUAGGAAUCCUCAUAGCGAAUUUCAUCAAUUACGGAACAGAGAAGAUUCAUCCAUGGGGAUGGAGAUUAUCUCUUGGUUUAGCCACCGUGCCAGCCACGUUAAUGUUCGUCGGCGGUCUAUUCCUCCCGGAGACACCCAACAGUCUUGUAGAACAAGGAAGAUUGGAAGAAGGAAGAAAGGUAUUGGAGAAAAUCAGAGGUACUCAAGAAGUAGACGCUGAAUUCAGCGAUCUUCUAGACGCCAGCAAAGAAGCGCAAGCGAUUAAGAAUCCAUUUAGGAAUUUACUAAAACGCAAGAACCGACCGCAAUUGAUCAUAGGCGGUUUGGGUAUUCCUGCGUUUCAACAGCUAACAGGAAUGAACUCUAUUCUGUUUUACGCCCCUGUUAUAUUUCAAAGCCUUGGAUUUGGUUCAGGCGCGUCUCUUUAUUCUUCAACUAUUACAAGUGCAGCUUUAGUAGCAGCUGCAUUGAUUUCCAUGUCUUUGGUUGAUAAAUUCGGCAGGCGAGCUUUCUUUCUUGAAGCCAGCGUGGAAAUGAUUCUUUGUCUAGUUGCGGUGGCGAUUACAUUGGCUUUGAAAUUUGGAGAAGGGAAAGAGCUGCCAAAGGGGGUUGGAGUUUUUCUGGUGGUGGCUAUAUGUAUAUUUGUGUUGGCUUAUGGGAGGUCAUGGGGGCCAUUAGGGUGGUUGGUUCCUAGUGAGCUUUUUCCAUUGGAGACGAGAUCGGCAGGUCAGAGUGUGGUGGUUUGUGUGAAUAUGAUCUUCACGGCUUUGAUUGCACAGUGUUUUCUGGUUUCACUUUGUCAUCUUAAGUAUGGGAUAUUCUUGCUAUUUGCUGGUUUGAUCAUGAUUAUGGCUACUUUUAUCUACUUUCUGUUGCCGGAGACCAAACAAGUGCCGAUUGAAGAAGUGCAUUUCUUGUUUGAAAAUCACUGGUUCUGGAAGAGAUACGUCGUCGCCGCCGAUGAUGAUCGGAAACCUGCACCUUAUGUCUAGAUCUCUUCUUUAUAGUUUG